AUGUACGAGAUGCUUGGGCGGGUCAUUGUAUGUGCCUAUCGCUGGGCUCGAAUCGUUCCGACAACGCUCCAUCCUGCUUUUGUAAACUACCUCCACCACAGCCACAAUUGCUCGGGUAUCCACCUCCCCCAUUAUUGGCAGAUCACCGCGGAAACGGUGAAGCUCUUCGACAAGGAACUCGGCGAGGUACUGUUGGGUAUGCGUGACAAGGGGAUCGACCGCAAAACAAAGCGUGAAACAUGGGAGGCCAGUGAACGGUUUACCGAGUCCGUUCUUCCGUCGGUAGACUCAGGGCAUGCGUUGAGCGACUGGCCGCUUCGCCGCAGCUGGAAUGAUCUCUGGACGUUCUGGGAAAACGCCGACCGCCAUUCGCGUUCGAUCGAAUACCACGUGCUGUACGCAAGUAGGGAUGGCCCGAUGGCCGACAUGGUAAAGGGGAUGGGCGUGGAAUUUGUCGGAAUCCUCCAUUCGGUCCCAUGCGGAGUCGUCAUGUCGUUAUUCGCGCCUGUACUGCUCAUGUAUGAUGAGAUUUCCCGCCAUCUGGAAUUCACGUGCAAAUCUGCAAUGAGCCGGGAUCUCGUCAACACCGCCGCGCAGCUCUCCCGAUGUGCAUUGAAAGAAGUUCCAAAGGACCAGACGCUGGACAAUUUCGUCCAUGCCAUCACGGGUUCUCACGUAUUCCCGACGCGAAUCUACGUCCUCUUUUGCUUGGAUGAGGGCCAAAAGCUUCCCGAAUACAGCUCAUGCUCCAAACGGCUGACCUUCUACUUUCCCACGGACUUGCUUGACGAGCACGGUAGCCCCCGGUCCCCAAACCCGUUUGGCGGCCCCCUCUGGGACGGUUUGGCCGAAAUCCAUCGUCAAGGACCCUUGGCGUAUGGGCUUUUGUAG